AGUAUUGACAAUCUCUACUUAAAUAAGAGAUUGCACAUAGAAGUGGAGGGUAUGGGGGACUGAACUGCAUCCAUUAACCCAACAUCACGGAGGGAAUUCCCUGACAAAACCGCACUAAACGCAAUUGGAGUGAAUGGGAAAAUACACCGUCGAUGGGUAGUUUGCCGGUAUAUCGCGUUAUUGGACCUCAGUGAUACACAUAUGCCAGUUUUCUCUUCGCCAUCUAGAACCUUGGUUUGGUGACUCACUCUUCGUUCGUUCAUUUUCUGGAUUUCGUUGCCUGCCCGGUGAGGAGAGUAGUAACCUACAUAAUGAAGUUCAAGCCGAACCAGACCAGAACUUAUGAUGGCGAGGGCUUCAAGAAACGAGCGGCAUGCUUGUGCUUCAAGAACGACCGUGAAGAAGAGGUGUUGCUGGUGAGCAGCAGUCGGCAUCCGGACCAGUGGAUCGUCCCAGGUGGAGGGAUGGAGCCGGAGGAGGAGCCCUGUGGCGCAGCGGUCAGAGAGGUGUUUGAAGAGGCAGGAGUGAAAGGCAAGUUGGGACGUCUCCUAGGUGUGUUUGAGCAGAAUCAAGACCGAAAGCACCGAACGUACGUUUACGUAUUGACUGUGACGGAGACAUUGGAAGCAUGGGAGGACUCGGUUAACAUAGGUCGUAAACGGGAGUGGUUUACAGUGGACGAAGCCAUCAAAGUCCUGCAGCACCACAAGCCGGACCACGCUGAGUACUUGAAGCGGCUUCAUCUCAGCUGCUCUCCAACUAAUGGGAACUCCCUGCUCCCCAGCCAGCCCCCUAAUGACAACUUCCCCCGCUACGGCCCCCCCACCACAGGAUCUGUUCUGGGCCCCUCGCGCAGAUAGGACUGGCCCCUUCCCACGCCUAUGAACUAUCUUCUACCUGUACAGAUACACUGAAAACUGACAUUUUGCAUGAAUAUACGAAUCCUCAGAGUCACGGCUCACGCAACAUGUAUGUAAAUUACUGUAUACUUGGACAAACCAAAGCCAUACUUGGAACUGUGUCUGGAUGAUUCAGUUAAGGAAUGCCUUUCAGUAACUUCUUUAAGAAUGUUCUAUUGGGGUCAAUUGUAUUAUUAUUUUCUUCCAUAAUUAAGAAAAUCACACAACAUGGCUACCACAGAAAAAGAGUCAUUGGCUGACAAUAGGAUGGAAAAUGGCAGUGUCAUUGGACCUCGGGAGCUGGCGCAGUAUUGACAACAAAGAGAUGCUACCUCAGUUGGACGAGCACUGGAAGGAUGUCUUAGCACGGUGUCGGAUUCCUUUUGGCUGGUGUUUAACCUUUACAAACAAACUACAGCUCAAAAAUACAACUGUUUAUCUACUUCAAGUAGUACCAUAAUGUGUGGACAGAAGACAAGGGCUCACUAUUGUCCCUCCCCUUCACCUCAGUAAUUGGUGCCCUUCUUCAAGUUUAGUUGUAAAAACAACACAUUUUGUAUUUCUUAUAUGGAGCAUUUCACAUUUAAUUGCCUUUAAUUGUGUUGCCUUGAUUGCCAUCAGUUUUUUUCUCCAUCUAGCAUGAUCAUGAAUAACAAUAAUUUGAUAUACUAAUUUAAUUAUUAACGCCCGCCCCAUAUAUGAUCUGGUCAAUCUUCAUAAGAGUAUCUUUACUAGUUGAAGGCAGGCCCUCUUUAAUAUAAUAUCUAUAUUUCAUUCAAUUGCCACAAAUGAUGUCUCCUCAAUGCUGAGAUAAUGUACCUUAAUCCACACUUGUGCAUCUUGUCUGACCACUGAAUGAGGAUUGAACCGCCCCACACAGGGGACAUGUAAAUACUUUGCUGCAGAGAAGUGUAGAGUUAUGUGUCUGGUUAACAGAAAUGCAACCAUAUUAACUUUUCUUCUCCAUAUUUGCGAUUGUUUUUCUAAUGAUGUAAAAAAAAAAAAUGCUGUACCAUGUAGUGAAGGUGUGACGGUAAAAAAUGUCCUCCGUUCAGUUCCACCUGAGAACAGAGAUGAGAUGACAUGGAACAACGAAUAGGGAAGUUGUCUGAAAGAGAAAGGGAAUGGAUGGAAAUGAGUGCUUUCCAAGUUAGAUUUAUGGUGGAACGACACUGGCGGUUAGGCUGAAGAUGGAAAUGUUCUUACGAUGGACAUGGAUGUGAGAUAUUAUAGUUGAGAACACACUUGUAAAUUGUAGUGCUUUACUGGAGAUUACACAAACAUAAGUGGUUUCACUUUUUAAUCUCAACCACUAUCUCACCCAGACUCCCAGCCUUCAUUUUAUCACAAGAAUACCCCUCUGAGGCAGACAUUGUCAAAUACAUACCAGUAUGUCAACUUCCAAAUACUUGAGGUAUUGUAGGGUGGGCGGAGUUUGUACUUUUGGGAUUAUUCCACUGGUUCCAUUUUACUAGGCAAGCAAAAUCAAGUGCACUGUAUUUUACAUGUGUACUUGACCAAGGUCUGCCAUUGUGGAUAAUGCUUGUUUUAAUUUGUGCUCAUGCUUCAUCAAAGCAGUUUUUUGGGAGGGAGUGUUUAGGAGCCAGUAAAUAACCGAAGAAAUGGUUAAAAGAUGAAGGUGGGAUAUAUUGUGAGUUUGAUAUUGACCCUUCUUAAAAUCUGUUGCAUGAAAAGAUUUCACCGGCCUGUCUGAUUGGACAGUCAUCACCUUUAACCAGUUGUAUUUUUUAUGGAUAUAACAAUUUAUGGAGAUUGGAUUGAUGCAUACUGGUACACUACAUUCAGGAAGUUUUGCAAGGACCUUUUUUAAAAUUUAUUGCUGGAAAAAAGUGGCAAGUGUACAGCAGCUGUAGUUUUAUUUUGAAUGAAUUACCCCUAUGGUCCCUUAUUACUGACACUAAACAGUCCCUGUAUAAUGAAUGGGUGGGGGACUGCUGUGAAUGUGUGCUGAUCAACUUUGUUCCAGGCACUCUCUCACUAGGGUGUCUUGAAGCACUCACUAGUUUAUCAAUGCAAACAGAAUUUCCUUUAUGAUCAUAUGAACAGUGAAAUUGGAUAAAGUGGAUUGAAGACUAUUCUGUUUGGAAUAAUAAUUCAUUAAAAGGGAAUUACUUGA